CAUCGGGAUUUUGUACCCUGGUUGAUGCUUCCACGACGAGUGGAAACUGAACGGGAUGAAGACAUACUGGUUUUUUUGACAUAAGUUUGCGAAAAGAAUCGCUGUUGAAGAGCUCUUGUCUGGAGUUGAAGUAUAGUGUACGCUGACGCCCAGUGAGUGACAUGUCAAAGUAACCACAACAACAGCCAACAACAACAACGUCCGUGUUGAGGCUUUCGGCAGAUCUAUGUUAGUGACAGGAAACACCAUCUUCCAGCCUUCAAACAUGAGGGUUCGGAUCACUAGCAUGCGGGGUGUGGACUUUAUAUGUGAGCUGUGUCCGGACAUGACGGUGCACGAGGUUAAAGUGAAGUCAUUAGGACAUUUCCUUGGACCCGGCGAGAGCGUGAAGGAGUCUUUAUACCACAGACUAAUUCUCGUGAGGACGGGCAAAGUUCUGAAUGACGAAGCAUCCGUUAAGCACGAGGAGCUGGAGGAAAAUGGUAACUUAGAUGAGCUUCUUUUGAUCAAGAGAAGAAUCCAGCCUCUUCCUUUUGAAGUGGAGAAGAGAGAAGAGAGUGGGAAGGCACCUACACUUGAGCAGAUCCGGGAAGCCACGGCCAACAUCCCCUGUUUAAAUCACGACAGACCUCCAGAGGAUCCCCCAAACUCUGUACAUUUUCAAGCAGAGCUGAGAAAAAUUUUGAUCUCACUAAUUGAAGCUUCCCAGAAGAUAUUGUGCCUAGACCCUGAAGCAGCCAAGAUUUUCAAACAAGCAGAUGAAAUAAUGAAUGAGAAUUCGGCUGACAAGACAAAAAUAGACAAAGCUUCACUUCAGCAACUCGUGGACAUGGGAUUUCCUGAGGUCAAGGCACGGAAAGCUCUCAAGUUAAACAGGAUGAAUGUGAUGGAGGCUAUGGAGUGGUUGUUCCAGCAUGAGUCUGACCCAGACACAGAAGUCACAGUGUCUACAGAAGAACAGGAGCCUGUGUCAGAGGAAGGAGCUGUGGGAGGAUCAGACCCAGCAGAAGGGGAGCCCUCACACGUCAACAAACUGCUGGAGAACUUCAGGGCCUUCCGCAGGAGAGAGUUCAAACCUAAUUCCAGGUCUUUACAGAACCUAGUGGAGAUGGGCUUUGAUGAGAAAGAGGCUAUUGAUGCCUUACGUGUGUCUGGAAACAAUCAGGAUGCGGCGUGUGACUGGUUACUGAGUGAGACCCGACCUGUACCGGAUGACCUGGAUCAGGGACUGGACACAAGUGGACCUAUAUACCAGGCCAUCAUGGCCAACCCCACAGUACAGCUAGGACUGAACAACCCACGCAGUUUACUGGCCUUCCUGCAGAUGUUGGAUAACCCAUUCAGCACGAGUCAGUGGUUAAGUGACCCAGAAACAGGACCCAUGCUUGUGCAAAUAUCCAGAAUUUACCAUGCCGAGAAGAACUCUAACAAAUCCCAGGCUAACUCAGUACCCGUGAGCAGAUGAUAGCAGGAUAUAUGUGACAGCGAUCCUGAGGAUGAGGCUAUGAAAAAUGCAGAUAAUCAGAAUUGAUCAUGCUGAGAAUAACUUUUAAACAAAUGAUCACUGGUGCACUUAAUGCCAAUGCGACAGUGUGAUCCGGAUACAGGAUUGAACAACAGUUUGGCUUCACAA